AUGGCGGUUCCUGAGACCGUUGUGGCCAUUGAUUUCGGAACUACGCGGAGUGCUUGGGCGUACCAAGUCAGUGGUCAAGCGGACAACAAGAUUUUGGUCAAGAUUCCCGCGAGUGCAGACACUUCGCCAUCCUCCACCAUCAAAACAGAGACAGCAGCUCUUAUUGGGGGGCGUGGCAGCGGAGGCUUAGUCUCAUUCGGCCCCGCAGCGAUCGAAGACUAUGCCGCCAGCGACCAUGUGGCUGACCAAGCUUUGUUCCGGUGGUUCAAGUUCGAUCUUUGCGAAUCCAGAACUGACCAAACCGAGGUCGGCAGUGUCAUGACUGAGUCUGUAGGAGGGCAGCACACAGUGCCCUUGCUUGGUGUCAUGACAGCUUCACUUCGCUACUUCAAGGAAGACGUCCUCGCGUUUCUGUCACGUACUGGCGGCAGAACGGUUGACGUAAACAGCGUGAACUGGGUGCUGACCGUGCCGGCCAUAUACGAUGACUUCGCCAAGCGAUUUAUGCGCCAGGCCGCGUACGAGGCCGGGAUGAUUGACCGAAUGAACUCCACUAGGCUCCGCCUUUGCCUGGAGCCAGAAGCCGCAUGCCUAGCAGCCAUUACGACAGACAACCCUUUGACCAGCAAUGCAGAGGGCAAGAAUAUGAUGGUUAUCGACUGCGGGGGGGGUACUGUGGACAUCACGGCGCACAAAAUCAUUUCCGUUGAGCCUCUGACACUGGAGGAGGUGGCCGCACCUGACGGGGGCCUGUUUGGAUCAACCCGCGUGGACAAUGCAUUCAGGGUGUGGCUGAAGGGAUUCCUCGGCGAGAAAUUCCAGGAAAUCGAGACAACCAGGACCCUCCUGUCCAUCAUGAUGAGUUGGGAGAGAAAGAAGGCCACCUUCCAAGGGCUCGACUCGGCGGCGGUGUGGCGGUUGAACCUUUCAGAACUUGCAGGAUACGACGUGACCAACCAAGACAUGGAGAACCUGCGUAGGAGCUACAACGAUGGAAAGCCCUCGUCGCUUUUCGUUGGGGGGGAGAAGUUCAACGUCACUCUGCCCACGACACUGGUGACUUCGUUCUUUACCCCAACUCUACAGAAAAUCGCUGAAUGCCUUCGGCGUAUCAAGCGCGAGUCACAGCUGCACGACCUCCACCGAGUUUUCGUCGUAGGGGGGUUUUCGCGCUGCCCCAUGCUGCGGGAGGUGAUACGGAAUGGGCUCGACCUACCAGCGGGUCGUGUGGUGGACGUGCACGAGCCAGACCUCGCCAUCGUGAAAGGGGCCGUCAUGUACUUCGAUCGGUCGACGAGUUUUAACUCACGAAAGGCGAGAUACACGUACGGGACCGGCUUUGCCGUUCCUUUCGACGACAGCAACGCGGAGCACCGGCGGCGCCGCGCGGCCGGCUUGGUUUCCCACCAUGACGGCAAGGUACAUGUAUCCAACGGUUUCAGCAUUUACAUCAGAAAGGGAGACGAUAUCCCGGAGGGCGGCAUCUUGAAGCGACGUAGGUACGGUCCGUUGAAGAAGUCCCAAACUUCCAUGUCCUUUGCCGUCUACUGUACUUCCGAGAGGAAUCCGAGUUUCGCGGACGAAAACGGCUGUUUCGAGGUCGGGCGAGUCUCGUUCCCGCUGGACAUGACCAAAGAGUUCCAGAAGCGCGGGAUAGUAGGAGAGAUGACGUUCGGAGGACCGGAGCUGACAGUAAAGAUAGUGGAUCAUGAAGAAAGGGAGAUAACGGAUGCAGUCAUGAUAAUGUCACGGGCACCAGCACCGACGUAUUAA